CCCCAACUCACCAAUGUCGGAUUGAAAUGGAUCAGUCGGGGGACGCCCAGGCAUCCAACGCUCCAGCAACCGCCGCCGAAGAGUCGACCAACGGAAUUAUCACCAAACGUCGUUGGCGGCGCAACCGGAUCGCAUGCGACUCGUGCCAUUCGCGUCGCGUGCGCUGCGACCGGGCUUUUCCAUGUUCACGCUGUCUGCGCAGCGAGAUUCGCUGCGAAUUUACUCGCGAACGUAGGAAAAGAGGCCGUAUCGCCCGAUCCCGAUUAACGGAGACCAACGCGGUGCCGGAGAGAGCGACCCGCCCGGUCGACGACGAACAACCUGCGCUUCCGGUGUUGGCGGAGACAGCUGGCGCUUCAGGCCGAAGAGGCUCUCCUGUCUCACUUUUGCAACACAAAUCCCCAUCCACAAAUGACAUCGCCGCUUCGGCUCCGAGCAUCGACGAGCGACGCUCCCAAGCAGAUGCUACGCUCCCUCCUCGCAGACCUCGGCCUGGUGAGAAUCCAACGGAGGAAUGGUUAUCGGCGACACAUGUGUCGCCCGGGUCCUAUGAACCUCUGGGAGGACUCGGCCUGGGCGAGGGACCUUUUCCCCGGAUGUUUGAUAUUUGGCAGGGAGUUGAGCUAGCUGGUUAUAGCGAUCCUACCUCAACAACAUCCAAAGCGACCGGCAUCGGGCAGACAUCCGGGUCGGCCAUUGCAGCAUUGAAAUACCCGGUGCUUAUGCCACUCAUGCCGUUCCUCGAAGGAAAUCUGCCUCGCAAACUCGUGUUCGAUCUUCUUGAGUUAUAUUUCACAAGCGCCUUUUCAACUCAUAUGCACCCAGUCUGUCAUCACAUACAUUGCUAUGUUCUACGAAAGGCAUCCUUCUUCACUCGGGAGACACCUCGUCCUAGCAGUCCUGCUCUUCUCGCCAGCAUGCUCUGGGUUGCCGCGUUGGAUGACCGUGCUUUUGCCUUGCCCAUCUCCCCGCCACAGCGCAAGAAGAUCUGCCAGUUUCUGUGCGCCCUGACAAUCAGACUACUCCGCCCAUUAAUCCACGUUUCAUUCAAGGAUUCAGAGGGCGCAACCGCGAGUGAGGCCGCCUAUGCCGGUCUCGGACCAGAAGGUCCGCCGACAACCGUUCAUCAUCCGUUUGAAGCUGGAGGAGAUGAUAGGGGCCUUGUUGGUCCAGCGGGUUCGUUGGACGAUGUAAUCACUUACAUCCACGUGGCUUCAAUAAUUUCAUCGAGCGAACAGAAAGCCGCAAGCAUGAGAUGGUGGCAUGCCGCAUUUACUCUAGCCCGAGAGCUCAAGCUGAAUCAAGAGAUCGAGGUAGUGCCUAAUGAGGAUAGUCACCACACGGAUGGCUCUAGUCCGUCGUUCGAUUAUUCGUUGGCCGGCUGGAGUGGCGUCGACACCGGCCCCUUUUUUGAUUACUCGAACCCUGCUCGGCCAAGCCUGAAUUGCGUAUGCGAUCGGAGCCACGAUGUACGUACCACAAUUACCGAAGAGCAUCGCGAGGAGCGGCGACGGACAUGGUGGCUACUAUACAUCAUGGAUCGUCACCUUGCGCUUUGCUACAACCGCCCAUUAGCAUUGCUCGACGCGGAGAGUGAAGACUUACUUUUGCCACUGGAUGAGGGAUCGUGGCAAGCGGGUAAUAUCCAUAGCAACAGCCCCAAGACUGACGGACCACAAUGUCUUCUGUCUGGUGAGAAGAACAAACGCCGCGUCUUCCCGAACUUUGUCUGCCACGAUCAUUCGAUUUUUGGUUUUUUCCUGCCCCUGAUGACUAUCACUGGCGAAUUGAUAGACCUGAAUCAAGCACGGAAUCACCCGAUGCUUGGUACGCGAUUUAAUGGCAAAGAUGCAUGGGAUAGCCACGUCAGUGAGGUACUGCGACAGCUUGAUAUCUACAAAGCUAGUCUCACGACCUUUGCGGCCAUCGCCUCUGAUCCUGACGGCCCUAUGCCUGGUGCUUUCCCUCCCAAGCCCGAUCAGCAGCCGACCGAAGCUUCACUUGCGCAAGCGUAUGCGUGGCAUACACAGACGGUGAUCUCUUACGCAUCGUACCUGGUUCAUGUGCUCCACAUCUUGCUUGUAGGGAAAUGGGAUCCGGUGUCACUUAUCGAAGACAAGGACUUCUGGACGUCUUCCCCUGCAUUUGCUUCGACCAUCUCCCAUGUGUUAGAGGCUGCGGACUCGGUGGAUCAUAUCCUACGAUAUGACCCUGAUAUCAGUUUUAUCCCAUAUUUCUUUGGAAUCCAACUUUUACAAGGCAGUUUCCUUUUGUUGCUGAUUGUGGAGCGACUGCAAAAAGAGGCGGGGGAUGGGAUUCUAAAUGCGUGCGAGGUGAUGAUCCGUGCAACGGAAUCAUGUGUUGUCACUCUGAAUACGGAAUACCAGCGAAAUUUCCGGCAGGUCAUGCGGAGUGCAGUGGCUCAGGCGCGCGGGCGCCCCGUUAAUUACAGCGAGAUUCGACACCGACGCAAAGCUGUGUUAGCGCUGUACCGAUGGACACGAAAGGGCACGGGGUUGGCCCUGUGAGGUUAGGCGACACGGCCUCCUCGGCUCUACUCUUGUCUCGACUACAAAGGGUGGGCAGGGAAGUGGCAAGGAUCUUAGACUAUUUGCAGGGAUCAGAUCUAGCCCGUUACCCCCUUCUCCUUUCCCCGGAGUGAUAUGCAGGCACAUGCUGCAUGGUCGUAGCUCUUCGACCUAACAGCCGACCGACCUGCAACACUAGUAGGAGUGGGGAACUGUCUGGCCCCGAUGCGGUGUAUAGGAGACAGGUACCAGCUGAUCCCGCCUUCGACUGCAAUCGUGCACUGUAUAUAUUACAUGAACCUUGGAAUGUACAUAAGUGAG